GUGAUUUCGUAAGCCAGAGAGGCUCAUCAGUAUACAUGAUACAAUAUUUGAAAACUUUAAAAAAAACACUAGCAAUUUUAGCGUGCUUGGGUGUGAGUCGUUAAGUUAUUAAAAUAUGGAGGACAGUAAGAACAAUGUUGCACUGAAAAUAAAGUGUGAAAAAGAAACUACGGAAUACAAAAUAAGACCUGGGCGAAAAUGUAAAAAACGGAAUAUUGAAGAUGAAGACAGUGAAAACGAACUGAAAAGACUCACAGCAAACUCACAGGAAAGAAUAAGGAUGCAAAAGAUAAACGGUGCACUCGAGGAUUUAAAGAAGUGUCUGCCAGAACAGUUUCACCUGAAUCACCGCCGUAUGUCAAAGAUUCGAGCACUGCGUUGUGCCAUGAUGUACAUCAGGAACUUGUCACAGAUGAUUAACGACGACAAUAUUAGACGCCAACGAGAGUAUAUGCAGGCAAUGGACUAUGUAAGAUCUAUGUGUGAUGUCCGAUUUAUCACGAAUAGACCGGAAGUUGCAAAUCAACCCGGACAAAGCCAGACGACAGUUAUUCCAUACUACCCGUAUCUCGAACCGCUAUGUGCCGAACCGAUACCUUCAAUGUAUCAGACGCCUGUUCAAAGUUUUGAGGAAAAAAUGUACCAACCACGACCGCUUGACUUUUCUUUGCAAGCGGAAGAUAAAACAGCGAACCAUAGAGCACCCGCCUCGGAUGACACAGUGGAAUAUCUUCUAGCUGGAAUAAACGAAACACCAGUAAAACCCAAACACCAUAUUUUACCGAGGGCUCGACGUUACACUGCCUCUGCAACACCUCUAAACUCCAAGAUGUACGGUUCAAAGCCCGAGCCGAUAACGUCACCGUUAGUGGGUUUAAGAAAUGACAAUGAACUAAACAUAAGUAUCUUGAGUGCCGGAAGUGAUCAUACCCAUGACCAAGACGAGAUUCCAAGACCACCUAGCACCUUCUCUGACAUUGUGGCUGGACAUUGCUAGUAA